UUCACCAUAAUCGGAAAGAAAGAAUAGAAAAGUCAUUAAAUUAUUUGGUUUAAAGCAAUGAAAAGUGCAAUUGCUUUCCAAAUUCAUUUCAAUCAUUCAAAUAGAUGAAAGAAAGUGCCAAAAACUGAAACGUCUCAUUUUGCAACUGCGUUCAAAAAAUCUUUUGGAAGAACAAUUACGCAUUCCAAAAAAAAAAUCUAUACAUUCAAAUAAAAACAUCUGAUAAUUUUGGUUUUUUGUAAUAGCAAGUUAACAAUAUUUUUCGAAUAGUAGAGGAUUUAAAUUGAAUCUGCAUUAAGAGAUAUAUUUUUUUAAAUCUUCGAAAUAGUGAUUUAAUAUAAUAGAUGACAACAACAAACACAAGUGAAUAUGUAGUGAGAAAAAAUAUUGUGCAUAUAGUAUUGCGCAAAACACCAACCAUCUGAGCAAAUGACGGAGCAAAGAGUCAAACGACAAUAGCUGUGUGCGACUGAGACGUCUAUAUAUCAACAUCGAACUGUAGAGCUAAACGCUGAACUGAAUAAAACGGAACGAAUCAGUUGUUUGGUUGACAGAGUGAGUGACAAUACGUGUAGAAUUGAGUAGAGAGGAAAUAAACGUACAGCUAGAGGGUUUUUUUCUUUAAUACAGCUCCUCGUCACUGUUGAUGGGUUAUUAGUCAUGAAUGGUUUCUUUUCACCAAAAGGAAUUAUUGAUUUAAGAUGUCGGCUGAAUCUCCAAAACGUGCACCACGGUUACCAACAAUUGUGCCACCGGAACCAGUAAGCGAUCGCUCAAUAAUCGAAAGUGUUACUGGAUUCAUAAAUGAUGUAACGCUCACUAGUGUACCGCCCAUUGAUCAAAAAGAGCAAAUUCAAUGGGUGCGUUUUGAAACAACAGCUGAUAUUAGCAAUCCAAGCUUUGGCGAGGAUUAUGAUCUGGAAAGUGGCAUUCCGCCGCCGCUAAUUUUGAUAUUGGGCUAUAAAACGGGCAUUCAAAUCUGGGCAAUACCAGCAAAUGGUGAAGCGACCGAAGUUUUGUCAUGGCGGCAUGGCGUUGUUCGCUGCUUGAAAGUGCUACCAACACCAAUAUCCAGUUAUUCGGUCGAAAAUGCUAGCGAACCCGCAGAAGAUCCGUAUUCGGAGAAGAGGCCAUUAAUGGCGAUUUGUGAAAGUUCACAGGUCUCAUCAACGGGUCCACAAUUUUGCACAAUGAACAUCCUUUCAUUGAAAAAUGGCGACUCGAUUAAAAGCAUCAAGUUCAAAACAACCAUUCUGGAAAUAGGUGCCAAUCAUCAAUCGAUUGUGGUUACGUUUGCGGAAAGGAUUGCUGUUUUUGAUGCUCGUACAUUGGAAGAUCGAUUGACAAUCACAACAUGCUAUCCUAGUCCAGGUUUAUCACCAAAUCCAAUUGCCCUCGGCCCAAGAUGGUUGGCAUACGCCGAACGUAAGGUAAUCCCAUCAAAACGAAGCGCUGGUGGAUGUGAUUGUGACGGUGUGUCCAGCUAUACGGCAACUGUGCUAAAUGCGGCCAAAACGCUCGGCAAGGGAUUACGUGAAUUGGGCGAACAAGUGGCAGCUGGACUGACGGGGACAGGCACUGGUAAUUUGAAUACAGUCGGUGUCGUGAGUACAACAUCAGCUGGCAAUGAACAACAACUACAUCCCGGAAUUGUUACAAUUUUGGAUAUAAAGGAUUCGAUCAAAGAUACUAGUCCAACGGGAACACCAAUGACAGUAUCCGGUAGCGAUCCAAUAAUAGCUCACUUUGUUGCGCACACUGAUAUUAUAGCGGGUAUGUCGUUUGAUGCGUCUGGAUUAUUACUUUUGACAGCCGAUAAGCGCGGUCAUGAUUUUCACGUGUUUCGAAUCAAUCCACAUCCAUCUGGCUCGGCAUCGGCAUCGGUGCAUCAUUUGUAUAUUCUCCACAGAGGAGACACAACUGCUAAAGUACAGGAUAUUAUUUUCUCUUUGGAUUCACGUUGGGCUGCGAUAACAACAGCUCGUGGUACUACACAUGUGUUUCCCGUGUCACCCUAUGGCGGUCCAGCAACAUUUCGUACACAUGGUUCUGCUGAAGUUGUGAAUCGCUUAUCACGCUUUCAUCGUUCGGCUGGUUUAUCGGCUGAUGGCCGCUCCAGCAGUCCAAUUUGUCCUGUUUUCCAUUCUGAAAAUGGUAGCGUUAGCGCUGAUCCAUACCAUAAUCCUAGAUUACCACCGUUUCCACGACCAUAUGUUGUUAUGCCAUUGAAGCAAUUACGCCAACCAUUGUCUUUAUUGCCUGCCAAUCCAUCGACAACGUCCACAACCACCAGUUCAUCAUCACGCCAACGCCAAUCAUCCGUUUCCGAUGAUUCGGGGAACGUAUUUCGUGUCAGUGCUACAUUUGCUCGGCCCAGAGAUUGGUUGCUUCAGCCAUUAACGAUAGCAAGAGAUUUGCCUGCGCUUAAAAAUCCGCGCAAUGCUGUAGACUCUCUAUUCGUAAUGGCCGGACACGGGUCAAUGAUUCAGUAUGAUCUGGAACCAAAAUACAGUUCAGGCGUACCAGCAUCGAAACAAAAUGAUGAUUCGCCGAUUGAAUUGUACGUCGAAGCUAAGGCUCAAUGGAAUCUUUUGCGCAAAGACACAUCAAUUGAGAUACAGCCGCCACUGUCAUCAGACAAUUGGUUACUCAAAAACCGCUUAGAAAUGAAAGACAACUCCAUCGAAUGUGAUGCAUCAGAUAACGAUGAACGCUGGCUGUCACAAGUGGAAAUUAUUACAUCAAGCGGACCCCAUAGACGCCUUUGGAUGGGGCCUCAAUUCAUUUUCAAAACAUAUAACACACCUAGCGGGUCUACAUUACAACAUAUCGACAGUGAAGCAGUUGAAAUUGGUGUUAACUGUCCAGCAAAUCGACCAGCCCGGUCGAAUCCAAUGCAAACUCCAUCGAUUGCGCUUGGAAGAGGUGUUGUUCCCGUGCUCAUAGAAUCAGGAUCAGCCAGUAGCAUUGAACAGAGUCCACGGUUCAUGAAUCAAUACCACGAAUACAUGAGUACUGAAGAUUUAGCGGUAAUGCCAGCAGAGACCCAAUUACGUGAAGAUUUAGCCGAUGCAAUGCGGGAAUCACCGAGGGACUCAGGCUUAACAUCGAACCGUACAGCGUCGUCGUGUGCAUCAACAAGUACGCGUAGUUCAGUUUCGAUCGCAAAAGUGGUCAAUCCUUUAGGUACCGUAACAACAAUUACCGAAUCACCACGCGAAAGCAUUUUGGCCGCCGAUGAAUUUGCCGAAGAAUAUUCAAGCGGAGCAUAUAUCCAUGAGAAUUGCGAUGAAUCAAUGUUCAGGCCAUAUGUUGCCGUGAUAAGCGGUUCAAUUGAUGGUGAAAAUCAUACGCCACAAGAGAAACCGGAACCCAUCGGUCAAAAACUCAUUGUACCCGUCAUUGAUAGCUCACGGCUAGAACAACAAAACCGUGAAAAAUCACGUGUGCUGGAAAUAAAACGUCAACAAGAUGAAAAUGUGGCAAAAUUCGAACAAAUGUCACUUUUGAAUCGAAAAGAUAAAAAUGCUGAACUCGAGAAAAUUGAUUUGAAAGAGAAAAAACUGGUUGGCAAUACAUCCGAUGGAAAGAAUGGUGGAACAGAGGAUGAAAAGAUGCUAUCUAAAAAAACGAAAGAAGAUAAGACUACUGAAAUGAAUGAUAAAAAAAACGACAGCGAAAAGAAGAGCAACAAUGAUAGCAAUUCCACCGAAACAGUGACUGUUAAGUUGAAAAAAAAGGCAAAUAAGUCACAAGUAAAGCCUCCAAUCCCCGAACCUCCAAUCGAAUCCGAUGAAAUUGGUAAAAGGUCUGAGCGCAGCGUAAAAAAUGACAAAGAUCACGAUGAGCAAUUAGAAUUGGCCGGUGUAACGUCUAAAACGGUCGACAGCGAAAAGUCUGAAGAUUUUGGCAUCCCAAAAGCCACCAGAACAAAAAAGAAAUCUUUAGCUGAAAGCAGCUCGUCAAAGGAGUCAUCGGUUGACAAAGAGGUGAUCGCAACUGCCUCGGAGGGAACAAAGUCGAAAAAGAAAAAACAAAAGAAGAAUGAUUCGCAGUCAGUGGCUACCACAUCAUCAUCUGACGAUGCUAAAGGCUGUUCAGCUAGCGAAGUUAUAUCGAAAGUGUUGAAAUGCAGCGUCGAAAAUUCAGCAGAUAGUUCAUUUCUCAUGGAGAAUAUCGAUAAGAUUGAUGGUGCACAAUGUUCUAAGAUUCAAAUGAGUCUUUUGAAAAGUUCUGUUUCGGCCACUGUAUCCGUUCGAAAGUGUUCCCUUCAAGAGAAGGUCGAAACCAGUCCAGAAUCAGGUGAAACAAAACCAUCUAAGUCGGGUAAAAAGAAAAAAAUGUCAAGAGAAUCUAUUGAAACUGACGCAUUGAAUUCACAAAAUGUCGAUGAAUCUACCGAAUUCAUGUGUCCUAGCGAAUCGGUACUUGAUCUGGACAAUUUGAGUUUUAAGAGUACCAUUGAUGAUCAGAUCAGUUUGAUUCCACUGGAAAGCCUUCAAAAUGAUCCCGAAUGGUCAAAAGAACGCACCAACGACUAUGAUAAACUCUCAGAUGACCCUGAAACCGGUUUCGGUGCACAAUAUUCGGAUUGCAACAGUUUCCAGCUCAUCAUCGACGAGCCAGAGUCUUAUAUGCGAGCAAGUGACACCAAUUCAUCUGACGAAACUGAAGAUUCUUCACAGAGCAAGAGCACAAAAAGCAGUGAGAAAACCGUAGACGAAGAGGAUGAGGAGUUACAACCUUUGAUUUGCUCAACAGCUUCAGAUGUUGCAGUUGAUUUGUCGAAAAGCGAUGCACUGCCAAACGAAUCGAACCAAAGCGAUUCAUCGACACAGCCGCAAUCCAGUGAGCAAAGUCAGCAGCAGCCCCAAAAGCAGUCCAAUGCGAACAACAACAACAAUAAGAAAAAAUUUCGCAAAAAACGUAGAUAAGAAUUAAUACUGAUUGUGCUCACUGUAAUUGUUCUAUUUAUUUAUUCAAUGCAUCAUAAAAACUACUAUCAUUUCUGUUAGAAUCGUUCAUUGAUGCAAGCACAGAUAGGAAGUUUUUUUUUUCAAUUUUAUGCACAUACACACAUCCCCAGUCCCCAUCGUUAUCUACUAAAAGCCUACAAUAGCCCCUUUGCUUUCUACGACAGCAAUGCCUCAAAAUGAUUGUAUACCCACGGAAAAGUCUAUAAUAAUUUUUCUAAUCAAUUUCCAAAUAUUCUUUAUGUUUGAAUAUCUGAUGAAUUUAGAGUGAAUCAAUGAAAUUGUUGGGAAUUGGAUUAUAGAUGUUUUUGCUAGAAAGAGAAACAUAUUUUGAAUGACGUUUUAAACAAAUAUCAUUUUUAUGCAGGUGUUCUAAUUUGAAAAGAAAAAAAUGAAAUUGUAAAGUUCAACUUAUUAUUUAUCUUUAUAUGCAUACGUCGAUAUACCGUUUUCUGUAAAUUUAUGUUCAAAUUGAUCGGUAUUCUUGUUUGAAACGCAGCGGGUUCAUUUUUAUAAUAUUUUAGUAUUGUUUAUGUUUAUAUCCAGUGUCCACACUUUUGACACUUUCUUUUGUUUCGAUGUGUGUGACACUGUAUUUGCAUUGCACGUAAUUGUUAAUAAAUAUCAAACUGAUUACGUCGUAUUGAGACAGAGGAACAAAGUAGUAUGCAUAAAACAAGCGCUCAUAUUUUGCGAUCUCAAAUCAAUGUGAAAUGACAAUUUUUUCUCCUUUUGAAUUGGAAAAAUCCUCACCUGAUUUAUUCACAAAAAAAAAAUUAUAUAUGUAAAAAUAAGAUAAAAAAUAAAAUGAGACAAAAGGUAUCGAAAUGAUUGGGAAAGCAUGUGUGAGUAGCAAAAUAGUAGUAUUUUUUUUUAGCUGAGACCUAUCUCUCGCUUUUGUCAAAAAUCGAAAAGUAUUAAAAAAAAGUCUGUACCAAAAACAUAAAAAAAAACAAAAUUGUAUAAAUUUUCACAAAAAAAAUGUUUAUGAUAGCGAUACGUGACAUGUCAAAAUACAAUCGCCUAUGAAGUAAUUUAAAUUCUUAAAGAAUUUAAUGCCAUCA